GUAAACCCUAACCUUUCAUAGCAACUCUUUUUCCAUCGCCCUCCAAUGGCCGUCAAGAUCCCGAUCGUGAAGAAGCGGACGAACAAGUUCAAGCGGCACCAGUCCGACCGCUAUGUGUCCGUGAAGGAGGCCUGGCGCAAACCGAAGGGUAUCGACAACAGGGUUCGUCGCAGGUUCAAGGGCCAGACCCCCAUGCCCAAGAUUGGUUAUGGCAGCAACCAAAAGACGAAACACCUGCUUCCUAAUGGCUUCAAAAAAUUCCUCGUCAACAACGUUCGAGAGGUCGAUCUGCUGUUGAUGCACAACAAGACUUUUGCUGCCGAGAUUGCACACGGUGUCUCGUCACGAAACCGGACGGUCAUCCUUGAGCGUGCCAAAGCUCUUGGCAUCAAAGUUACCAACCCUGCUGCACGUCUGCGCUCGGAGGAGUAGAUGAUGUUGUCCGUUCUACCCACUCUAUGUACUAUGCGUCCUCCAAUCCAUAUUCAUGCCGCAUCAUGCUCUGUUUGUCUUCUUUGAUGUGACUGCACUAGCCAUCGCUCCUCUUGUCACCACCAUCAUGUCUACGCGUUCUGCAACUCACGCAGGGGACUGGUACACGGCCGAUGCUGGACGCCUCGAUAAGCAACUUACGACAUGGCUUGCGGCUGUUGACGGCUCUACACUCGGCUACUCUCUUCCUGUUCGCGGUUGUAAAGCCAUCAUUGCUCCGUGCAACAUGCUGGCUACUCAUACUCCGGUCCCGCGGCCGCUUGGGCUUACAGAGCUAUCGAUGUGGAGAACAUGCAUCAAACGGGUCGUACUCUUGGGACCAUCGCACCACGUCUAUCUCGAUGGAUGUGCUCUCUCACAAUGCUCGUCUUACGCUACCCCCAUCGGUGACAUACCGCUCGAUACGGAAACGAUCUCCGCUCUCCGUGCCACUGGCAAAUUCUCGGAUCUCACCCAGGAUGCGGAUGAGGAUGAGCACAGUCUUGAAAUGCACCUGCCGUACAUCAGGAAAGUCUUCCAAGACCGAGACAUCGUACUUACGCCAGUGCUUGUUGGCUCCAUCUCUAUGGCUUCGGAAGCCUCGUAUGGUGCAUUGCUUGCCCCUUAUCUCGAGCGGCCCGAUACCCUGACUGUGGUCAGCAGCGACUUCUGUCAUUGGGGACAACGAUUCUCAUACACCUAUUACCGAUCCGGAGAGUCUGCAAACCCGAUCCAUCUUUCUCGGUCGCUGGGCCCGGCCAGUGAGUACCCCAUCCAUGCGUCAAUCGAGGCCCUGGAUCGCGAAGCCAUGUCCAUCUUGACGUUGCCCUCUGAUGAACCGGACUGUCACGGUGUCUUUUCCGCCUACUUGUCCCGAACCAAGAACACGAUCUGUGGACGACAUCCCAUAGGUGUCCUCUUGGGAUCUAUGGCCGCCCUGAAGAAGCAAGGCGGCCAGGAAAUCCAAUGGACACGUUACGAGCAGAGCAGCAAGUGCUUGACUGUGAGGGAUUCCAGUGUCAGUUAUGCAAGCGCUUGGGUCAAAUUCUAGCAUCUUCUACGCUAUAUCCAUAGUUGAAAUAGAUCUACAAGUUCGCCG